CUCAAGCAGCGGUCUAAACAAACCAAGACUAGCUCACCAAAGUAGCUGACAAAAUCGAACAUGGCGCCUGCUUGCACCGACAGCUAUCAAUAAAAGAGUGUCGCGAACAAGUGGGAAACAAAGUUUUCAGAUAUUAUCGAAGUGCACCCACUUUGUGCCUUCAGUGGUGGAUUUGGUCAUGUAAAACACGAACGGAAUAGCUCAAGCGGGUGAAAGCUGCAAGUUGCCUACAUGAUAACAUUGUCUCUUAUAGUGUUGUAAAGAGCUGGCACGACCAGCCAUGAUUGAGGACAAGGGCCACCGUGUGACCGACUACUUUGUGGUGGCCGGGCUGACGGACAAGUCCACGCCCCUGGAGCAGGACCUGUCGGAGACCAAGUCCAGCGGGCCCAAGGCGCCCAUUACUGACCUGGCCGUCAUCAACAAGUCGGCGGGAGAGACUGUUCCCGAGGGCUUCACCUGCAUGGAGAGCACCUACAGCGGGCAGCAGGCCAACCUCAACCACGGCAGCCUUAAGAGCCACGAACUGUUCCUCUGCUACAAGAGGGACCGCGACAAGCCCCCGCUCAUCGACAUCGGGGUGUUAUACGAAGGGAAGGAGCGUCUCAUCCAGGGCUGUGAGGUCAUUCAGGUCACGCCGUACGGCCGUUGUGCCAACGUCAACAACAGCUCUGCCACCUCGCAGCGCAUCUUCAUCACCUUCCGCCGCGCGCCGCCCGUCCAGCCCCAGAACUCCCUGUCCGUCACCGACAUCUGCGUCAUCGUCACUAGCAAGGGCGAGACGCCGCCGCACACCUUCUGCAAGGUGGACAAGAACCUCAAUUGUGGCAUGUGGGGCUCCAGUGUUUUCCUGUGCUACAAGAAAUCAGUGUCCGCGUCCAACUCCAUCAAUUACAAAGCCGGCCUCAUCUUCCGCUACCCAGAGGAUGACUAUGAGUCAUUCCCCCUGUCUGAGUCUGUGCCCCUGUUCUGCCUCCCCAUGGGGGCUAAGAUCGAGUGCUGGGCCCCCAACACACGCUACCCUCUGCCCGUCUUCUCCACCUUUGUGUUAACCAACUCCUCUGGGGAAAAGAUGUACGGCGCAGCCAUCCAGUUCUACGAGGCCUACCCCAUAGAUCUCCUCAGUGAGAAGCAGAAGGUGCAGCUGGGCCUGCUCACCACCGUGGAGAAGAAGAUGAUCCCCAACCGGACGGUCAACACCAACAAGUGCAUCUGCCUGCUCUCUCGCUGGCCCUUCUUCGAGUCUUUCCGCAAGUUCCUCAUGUUCCUCUACAAGCUGUCCGUCUCGGGUCCCCACCCGCUGCCCAUCGAAAAGCACAUCUCGCACUUCAUGCACAACGUGUCCUUCCCUUCACCUCAGAGGCCCAGAAUCUUGGUCCAACUCUCUGCACACGACACCUUGAUGCUCGCACAACCUGUGUGUACUCCUCUCCCUCUCAGUGGGGCAGACUACAGUACGUUGCUGAUGAACCUGGGCCCGGAGAACUGUGCCACGCUGCUGCACUUUGUCCUGCUGGAGAGUAAGAUCCUGCUUCACUCCCUGAGACCCGCUGUACUCACCGGGGUAGCAGAGGCCGUAGUGGCGAUGAUCUUCCCGUUCCAGUGGCAGUGCCCGUACAUCCCCCUCUGCCCGCUCUCCCUGGCGGGGGUCCUCAAUGCCCCCUUUCCCUUCAUCGUGGGCGUGGACUCCCGCUACUUUGACCUUUAUGACCCCCCGCCGGACGUGGUCUGUGUGGACCUGGACACCAACACUAUUUACCUGUCUGAUGAGAAGAGACACAGUAACUGGAAAAACCUCCCAAAGAAACCCUGCAAGAGCCUGUUUAACUCACUGGCCAACCUGCACCACCAGCUGGGCAUUGUGCGUCGGACAGCCCAGGAGGGCUUGGCGGUGGAGAUGACCCCCAUUGAGGCGGACUUCACCUGGCACAAGAAGAUGACCUCCCUGGAGAUGGAGAUCCAAGAGGCCUUGCUGCGCUUCAUGGCCAACAUCCUGAAGGGCUACCGCUCUUACCUCAAACCCAUCACCCAGGCCCCCUCCGAGAAGGCCACCUCCGCAGACUCACUAUACGACCUACAGGGGUUUCUGAGGAGCAGGGAGCGCACCCACCAGAAGUUCUACUCCCAGCUGACCAAGACUCAGAUCUUCAUCCGCUUCAUCGAGGAGUGCACGUUCGUCAGCGACAAGGACACGGGCCUGGCCUUCUUCGACGACUGCAUUGAGAAGCUAUUUCCCUCCGAUAAAGGCAACGACAAAGGCACUAAGGUGGAGGGUGAGUCCUCAGAGGACACCAAGCUUAUGGAACUAGACGAAUCACAGAAGAGCGAGCACACUGUCUUCGUCAUGCCCCCAGAACCCCCCGCCACCGAGGAAGGGUCCGACCCCCCUUCCCACUACAGUUAUAAGAGUUUUCCUCGGCUGUGUAUGGACCUGUUUGACCGCCCCAGGGAGGUGACACCAGCGCUGAGGAGUAGUACACCUGGGGCCAGCCUGUCCAGCAGCCCUGCACUACUGGCCAAGAGGACCAAGCAGGAGAUCAAGCUGGCCUACAAGAUGGCCAAGCGCUUCUACUCCAACCCUCCGCUGUGGGCCAAGUGUCUGUUCAGCCACUGCUACAGCCUGUGGUUCAUCUGUCUGCCCGUGGGGGUGAGGCUGGCUCAGUCCAAGAGCUGGGCCAUGCAACAGGCCUACAACGUCCUGCUCAAGAUGAGGACCUCUGAGGUGGAGGUGCUGGAUGAGGUGUGUUACCGUGUAGUGAUGCAGCUGUGUGGUGUGUACGGUCAGCCUGUCAUGGCCGUCCGUGUCCUGGUGGAGAUGAAGAAGGCAGGGGUGCACCCUAACGCUAUCACCUACGGAUACUACAACAAGGCUGUUCUGGAAGGCCCCUGGCCCAGUCGGAACCGCAGUGGGCUCUUCAUGUGGGCCAAGGUGCGCAUCGUGGCGCGCGCUCUCUCUCAAUUCAAACAGGCAGUCCAGCGGACGCCCGCCAUGGAAGGACCCACCGUCAUCACGACAGGAAGUGAUUUAGGCCCGUCAGUGUGCGGCUCGGCGAGCAGCGACGGCGACCGGCUGAGCCACGGGAGUGCAGACAGCUCCAGCGAGGCGAACGGAGAGGAUCAUACCCUGUUCGCACGCAGCCUCAUCAUAGGAGACGCCGCAGACAACCACUGCAGCGGAGGAGUUCAGUCUGAUCAAGGCUACGGCUCUAAAGAUGAGUUGCACCAGGACCUAGUGGAUUUGGCUCAAUCAGCAGCCCUUGUAAUCGCUGUGGAUCAGUGCAGCAAGUCCACAGCACAGCACAACGGUGGGGACAUAGCUGGCUCGGUGGACAGUGCAGUGGCUGUAGCGGAGCCCCCCAGCCCUGUGAAAGCACUCCCACAUGUCCCUAGCAUCGUCAAACUGUCCACAGGAACGAGUUUUGAUACCGCCAUGAAGAGAGGAGACACUGCCCCUGGGAAGCUGUUCUCUCUGCGUAGCCAGAGCGAGGACAUCUCCCUGCCGGUUGAGGGUAAGUCUGCAGCUCCAGGUGGCUCCGGGGUGGCGGGACCUGCGGUCCAGGUCCAGCGCCAGAAGGCCUUCUCGGAGCGCAGCUGCAGCUUCAGCGCCGAGAGCCGUGCCGGCAUGCUGAUGGAGAAACAUGGUGUGGACCACAUCGUCAGCCGCAUGGGCGCCGAUGCACGGAUCUUGGCGGCGGCUCUCUCUGGGGGCGGCACCACCCCCCCGCCUACAAAGCCGCUUCCCAGUGCGGCCAAAGCCCUCUUUAAGGACCUGGAGUUGGAGUCUGAGGAGGGGCGGGGUCCGAUGCUGGGGAAACUGUCAGAGGAGGGGCCAGUAACGGACCCAACCCCACUGGAGGAGGGGCUAGGGAAAGAGGAGAAGCGGAUGAAAGGUGACAGGAAGGAGGCAGGAGGGGAGGAUGAGAUGGGUCUAAAGUUGGAGGAGGAAGAUGAGGAAAGAGAUUCAGUGGGGAGGGGCUCUAUUUCUCUGCCAACCUUGGAGAUUAAGGAGGUGCAGGUAGGGGCAGACCCCCUCUCCCUCCUUGUCUCGGAGCACGAGGAGUUAGCCUCCGUAACCAGUCAGGAGCUGCCGCAAUCCUUGCCUGCCGUGGUGUCCCGAAACCUGGCAGACGAGAUUGAGAUGUACAUGAGCCUACGGAGCCCGCUUGGCCCCAAAUCCUGUAGCAUGGAGCUCCACCAGGAGGGCCAGGGAGGGGACCCUUCCCCGGAUGCUGCCCCAGUGAAGCAACCUCUAGAACGGAGGUCCAGCCUCCCCGUGCCCCCUGUCCAACACCCAGGGGGGUCAAGCGGGGACACGAUGCCUAAACGCAGCCCCGCAGCAGUCACACGCUCCAAGACCUUCGCCGUGAAGGCCUCCAGGAGCCCUGCCUCUUCCAGGGGUGUUGUGGCCAGCCCAAGGUCGCUGGUGAGGUCGUCGCAGAGCGGUUCGCUGGGGUCGGUCAUCAACUCUAUCUCGGGCAUGAAGAUGGACACCCUGCUCUCGGGUCCCAAGAUGGACGUGUUGAAGUCAGGCAUGAAGCAGGCAGGGAACCUGGCCAGCAAGGUGUGGGGGGCUGUGGCCUCAGCCUACUCUUACUCCGACGACGAGGAUGAACUGGGCCCUGGCUAUAGGGAAAGGGACAGUUUCCCUGCCGGGCUGGAUGAGUCCAUGCUGUUGGGGGGUGGAGGAAGUGACAGUCCCACCCACAGAGGGCCCACCCAAGGCCUGGUGUCCAACGGCCUGACCCAGAGCAGCACCAGCCUGGGCAGCAGCAGUGGGAGCAGCGACACAGGGAGAGGACCCCACUCCACACACGUGACUCCAGGAAGGCCAGGCAGAGGUCCAGACUCUGAGAGGUCAGACCAAGGCUCCCACCACACCAGCUCCUCUAGUAUCUACCAGAACUGUGCCCUUGAGGUGCUGAUGUCCAGCUGCUCCCAGUGUCGAUCCUGUGAGUGUCUGGUAUACGAUGAGGAGAUCAUGGCGGGCUGGACGGCAGACGAUUCCAACCUCAACACCACCUGUCCCUUCUGCCGCACCGCCUUCCUGCCCCUGCUCCACGUCGAGUUCCACGACCUGCGCACCACCACAUCGUUCUACCUGAACCCCAGCGCAUCAGGAGACAGUAUCCACAGCACCAGCCACCAGGCCACAGCUACAGGCUCCACCGAGAACAAGGUAGGGGCUGCAGUGGAUACCCCGACCCCUGGCCUCAUCAGCUUCCCAGAAUCUGAGGACCCAGGAGAGGCCCCGGCCAGCCAGACUGCCACGCACAAGAGAUCCUCUGUCUUUGCCCUCUCCUGUCUGUAUGUCUGGCCGUCCGUCAGUUUGAUACCGGAGCCGGCUCAAUCGGAUCCCCUGGGCCUGCUGGAGCACCAGGCAGGGAAGAGGGGGACGUCUCUGACACGCAGCAACAGUGUGGGCGGGCCUCUACAGAGCCUGGUUGCCCAGAGAGAACCAGGACACAGCGUGUCCACCACCAGCCUGCCCUGCAGCCUGACAGAGAUGGAUGGCCUGGGACAGAAGCGGCCCAACCCAAUGCCGGUGUCUGUGCCCUACCUCAGCCCCCUGGUCCUCCGCAAAGAACUAGAGACCCUACUGGAGAAUGAGGGAGACCAAGUCAUCUACACCCACAAGUUCCUGAGCCAGCACCCCAUCAUAUUCUGGAACCUGGUGUUUUAUUUCCAACGCCUGGACCUGCCCAGCUACCUGCCUGGUCUCAUCCUCACCUCGGAACACUGUAACAAUGGAGUACAGCUCCACCAGACAUCCCUGUCUCAAGACAGUAAACAGGUGUAUGUUCAGCUGCUGUGGGACAACAUCAAUCUGCACCAGGAACCUGGGGAUCCCCUCUACCAGAGCUGGAGGACCCUGAUGGAGAAGAAGGGCACCCUGGCCCCCACGGACUACCAGGAGACACGGACCCUCCUCAACAGCAUCGUCCGCAGCAUCCAGACCAAUGACGUCUACGGCCCCAUCAACCUGCUUCUCCGGGAGGUCAAGAGGAACCCAGAGGUCAAACGCCAAAGGGGUAUCUACAGGGAGAUCCUCUUCCUGGCGCUGGUGGCAUUGGGACGGGAGAACAUUGACGUCGAGGCUUUUGACCGUGAAUACCGCCGGGCCUUUGAUGAGUUGAGCCCAGAGCAGCUCAAGGCCCUGCACAAGAUCGACCGGCCACCCAACACCAACGUCCAGUGGUGCCUCAAGUGCUUCGGUGCUCCAGUCAUCUGAUUUGGCCACUGCUACCAUCUGCUGGACGGUCUGAGGACCUCACUCACACUGGAGAGAAGCAGACAAGAGAAAGGGGGAAAGGAACUUGAUGGGUGAGGGUGUAAGGGAGAAUUUUGUACAGAGAAUUUUUGCACCUUCAUAUCCCGAAAGUCCCUUUUGUUGUUCUUUCUGCUUCUUGCAGCUUUUCCCGCGGGCCACUUGUAUCUCAUUGUUAUUUAUGUAAAUACUCUGGAAGGUCAGGAAAAGAGAGCCUUGUUUAUAAGAUGGUGUGGUGAGAAUGAAUGUCGCUUGUACAGUGUUAGUUAGUCCCUUCUAUGAUCGAGUAUGCGUGUCUCUCACUGCCCAGUCCUAAGUGGCCUUGCUCCAUCUCUGUCCUAUAGCCCCAGGAUCUGACCCCAACACCCCUGGCCCUAGAACCACUUUGUAGUCUUCUACUGAUCAUCACUGUCAUUGAUGUGCACUUUUAGAAACGGUAGCUUUACCAGUCCGUUGGUUGUCUUUUUUGUACAUAUUUUUCUACAUGGGGGAUGCCUUGAUGCUGAUAAUGAUUUCUACAGAUUCAGUCUUCACUAUUGUCAUUGUGGGUGUUUGUCUUGGAAUGCAAUUCAUUUUUGAGAAGUAGAUUUCUCUCGUUUUGUGUGUAAAAAAGUGUUGGCGAUCAGUUCGAGAACAUUCCAGAACCCUGCAAACGUGUCUUAAAAGAAAAGCCUGAACUAAAUGUUUUAUUCUUACAACAUAGACAUCCCAAUGGGAGAGAAAAGGAAUCCGUCGCAGCAUACUCAACCUAGAAUGUUUCAGGUUUAGCCACCAGCCAUUUUGGGGCUAAAAAUCAAACGUAACCAUGAAUAGGAAGGGAACUGAGAUGCCAAACUACUGAAGUGCAGCUCUUUCCUUCUCUCUCCAUCGCUCAAUGCCUUGAGCAAAAGACGAGAGCCGUCCUGUCACAGGGAAAGAAACCAUGGUAAGUUACUGCGGUGCCUCAGUAGUAGUGACAAGACAGUCAGUCCAACGUGUAAUGUUUUUAACUGCAACAUACAGUUCAACUAUUAUGGUAAUAUAUGCUUUCAUGUGAUUAAAAAUCUGCUUGUGUACAUG